AUGGCCACGUCAAGUUCCGCCCCAGAACACAGCAUUGACAAGGAGACACUGGUUUUGUACUCCAAGCUAUUCGGUGUCUUACGCCAUGAUCCCGAAUUCACAGCAACCCUCUGCGAGGUUGUCGGAUCGCGCAGCAUCGACUCAUUUCUCCAGACAGUCAUGUUCUCUCUGUACGUCAGCAAUCACGCCAGCGAAGAUGAACUUUUGCUCCUGUCCAUGAUACAAGCGCUGCUCGCGUCGAGGAUUGGAUUCACCACAGAGCUCACCGAGUUCCUGCACACGAAUACCCCUGUGUCGCGCGCGCUGACCGUCUAUUCCCGCCGUGCUUCCCCGCACGAUUACCUCAAGAGAGUUCUCGCCGAGCGCAUCAGUCACCUGGUGGCACAUGACCAGCUGAAUGUUGAAAUUGAUCCGGUGAAGGUAUACGCUCAGAUGGUCGCUCAGAUUGAGCUCGAUGCUGGUUCUCAAGCUGGGAUUCCGCACGAGGUAUCGGCAGAUGUCGCGGCAGAGGAUUCGAACGUGCAGGCCAUUAUUGCACAACGCUUGACCAUGCUGACCUCCAUCGCCGAGGGAUUUCUGUCCGGUAUCAUCCAAUCUAUCGACCAAAUUGCGAAUCUGUUGACAAGCUUAGCGGCGGAGCCAUCGUACGAAAACGACUGGUACAUGGCAAAGCCGAAGCCAUUUGUCGACAAUAACCAGAAACGCACAGAUGCGUUCUUGUACAAGCUGUGUGACGUCGAUGAUUUCGACUCCGCACAGCGCUCCGGAGGGCGAUAUCGUUAUAAGAUAACAGUGAACGAAUUGUACAACAACCAGCGAUUGCUACAGCAGCACUACGAUGCCGUGGCAGCGGACGACGACGGGGUUCUGCGGCGAAUCUUGAAUGAGCUUGGAAGAACGCCGUCACAGCUCCCUCACUCGGAAGAUUUCGCAAUUGAGUUGCGUCUAUCUAGCGGCUGA